AUGCUCAUCUGGAAGAACCCAAGCUUCUACGACCUGUCGGGCCCUCGCCGUCUUCAUCGCCCCGAGUUGGAGCAACAAGCUCUGCGUCGCGUCAUGGUUCGGUUGCCGCCCAACCCGCUCUUGCCUUCGCCGCGCCUCCCGCAGGAGCUCAUCAACAUCAUUCUCGAGCACCUCGAGGACAUUGACGACAACGUGAGCGACGCCUCGCACGACCCGCACGACGUCCUCGAGGCCGAGUCCGAGCAGCGCGAGCUCGGCAAAGCCAUCUUUUACGUCUGCAAGGCCUGGCGCGUCGCCGGCCGCCGCAUUGCCUACUUCCGGGUCACCUUCCACUGGGAGGACGACGACGAGGUCAUCGAGUGGCUCCUCAAGAACCCGUCGCUCGCCAAGGAGAUCCGCAAGCUCUACUUCGGGCCGCCCGACCGCCUGAUCGCAAGGCGCCUCCCCACGCACCGCCAGGCGGCGGUCAAGUUUGUUGAGCUCGUCGAGAAGUGCUCGACCCGCCUCGAUACCCUCGCCUGCAGUGUCCCUGUCGAGGCGCCUGCUCUCUGGCGCCGGAUCGCGAUCUCCGCCGCGGCAGAAGGCCUGCGUGACCUGCUCAUCAUCACCGCCGUGAGCCGCGAGGACGGCCUCCUCUCGCUCAUCAGCGUCCUGUCGAAGUUCCCCGGCCUCAAGAAGCUCGGUAUUCAGCUCGAAGUGUGGCCCAAGUGGACCCCGAGCAGCGGCGGGAUCAAGAGCGCGUCCGUCGUGACCCGCCUGCCCGUCAAGGACCUCACCCUGCGCCUCAACCAGUUCAGCGGUACCUCGCCAGUCCCUCUCAUGGGUCAGAUGUUGGCGCCAUUCUUCAUCCCGGGCGAGGUCCGCGACCUCAACCUCGAGCUGUCGGAGUUCGAGGCCGCCAACCUCACGUGGAUCGGCGCCUUCGACAAGGUCGAGUGCGUCGUCCUCACGUCCGAUUCGGCAGACGAGGCUCUCGGGCCGAGGCUCGCCCACUUUGUCGACGCGGCGUCGUCGCUCCCCGCCGUCAAGCAGGUGUUCAUCGAUCCCGAUCCCGACGAGGACGUCGAGAACGGCACCGAGCUCGUCCCGUCGCCCGUCUCGCUCGACCGCCUCUUCAAGUCGAUGCCGCCCCUCAUCGUGUGGUACAGCGUCGGCGGUGGCGUGUUUUUCCCGGAGGAAAAGGACGACGACCUUCCGAUCAUCGCGUUCGAGGUUGCGCCAGAGCCGAGCGUCUUGCUCGACCUCAACCUCAAGCUCAAGCAGGACAAGGAGCCGUCGCCCGCGGCGCUGUACCGCCGCACCCAGGCAGACGGCGCAAAGACGUGGUCCGUUCUCGAGAUCACCAAGUCGGACCUCGACGGCGACGCGAGCGACUGCGAGAUGGCCGACUCGACAGACGCCGAUUGAGCCGGUCGAUGCCGCCGCUCGUCCGCAUCCGCGCCCACCCCCUG